AUGAAAGAUGUGAUGCAGGAUUGGCGACGGCAUUUCGUGUUAUUUGCCGACUGGUUGCAUGCAUUACCAGAGUUCGCAUCACUCAGUGUUGAUGAUCAGAUCUUAAUAGCCAAAAGUCGAUUCAAUCCAUUCUACUGGUGGUUAUGCGCGAACUGGACGAAUGAGGCUUGUUGUGAUGGCGUUUGCUACGCGAAUGGCACUUACUUCCCCCGAUCAGAAGCCCUUCAAUGCUUUCCCGACGUACGGGGAUGUUGCGAACGGAUGGUACUGACAUUGUCCGAACCACUUCGUGAGCUACAACUCGAUGAAACCGAGAAAUGCCUAAUGCUUGCAGUAAUCGUGUUCAGUGAUGAACCUCUCGAAUUAUCAAUGUCUGGCAAGGAACAUGUUCGAACUAUGGGACAUCGCUUUAUGCGAAUGCUUCAUCAUCAUAUCCGAAAUCGAGAACCUGGUCUACCUAACUCGGCGAUAGCGUUACGUAUAGCAAAAAUUACAAUUCUGCUCACUGCUACGACGGUGAGUGAAUGA